AGAAACUCCUGUAUACAGAGGAUCUAACUUUGUUUAAUGUCGUGCUCUACACUAUUUGUAUCCAUUCUGAACUUGCAGGUGCAGAAAGGUAUCCCAACCAGGCAUACAACUUUUUUGGAUCGCCUAGCGUAGUUCUACUUGCGUCGAAAUCAUACCUAGAACACCAUGCAUAAGGUCUUAUUUGUGGAUGACAUUGAAAGUAGUUGGUGCACCUUCCAUUUCAUUUUGUCGUCGCUGCGGAGAACAAGAGGGCGUGUCUGGUGCGUCGGAGUUAUCUGUUUCUGGGGGAAACGCAGACAAGACAAAAGCAGAGGCAACGCCGACGCACGCACGUACGAACGCCAAGCAGACCCCGCAAGUCUCGGGUCGAAAGAAAGGAAAGCAAACCAAAACGAGCCCGCCGGGGUUGGGGCUUAGGAGGAGCCGCUGCUGCCUGUCACCUGCCACCUCGAGAAAGCAACGGCCACCAGGUAGACCGACCGCGCUGCGCCGCUGCCCACGGACGCCGCCAAACACAUACGCCGCCGCCCCCAGCUGCGUGGUUAGUCUGACACAUCCUAAGCCUGACUGGCGGCGACGUAAAGGCACCGUGCGACCAGCAAAACUAGACACGCCCUAGUCCGUCGCAACGACGACCAUGCAUAG